AUGGAUGAUCCAAGACCUGAGAGGUUCAGAGGCAAUAAUGGAUACAACUCAUUUGUAAGGAGCCAAGUGAUCAACUAUUGUGCAGUAUCAUCCAAGGACCUUGCAUUUAGAUAUCUUAUGCCGAAGGCAAAUAUACAAGUGGCAGCAAGAGACCAUGACUACACUACACUACCAAUGACAGAACAUUGGGUUGAUACCGGAACUAAGGUGUCAUCUAUGGAAGAAGUCCUGGAGAUUGAAGAAACUACAAAGAAGCAAAGUGUGUGCAAGAAAUGGCACCAGGAGAGAAGAUGGCGUUUGACAUCCUCCAGAUUUGGCGAGAUUUGUAAGGCAACAGACCGUAGAAAUAAGGAAAAACUGUGCCAGUCUAUCUUCAGGCCUGCCAGACUCACUUCACCAGCCAUCAUCCAUGGACAAACUUUUGAGAGGGCUGCUAUUAAAAAAUUUGAAGAAAUUAAUGGUAUAACAGUCAACUUGUGUGGUUUGAGAGUGGACAUUGAUAACAACUUCCUUGCUGCCUCACCAGAUGGCAUAACAAGUCAGGGUGACAUUGUAGAGAUCAAGUGUCCAUAUAAAGGUAGUAUGCUGCCAAAAUUAGAGUUAUUUUACCAGAAAUACUACAGAAAAUUCGUUGCAGGGAAAAUGUAG